AUUUGGUUUGUUUCAUUUGAUUGAUGAUUUGAGAACGGAGAUUUCGAGCUUGAGCCUCGCCCUUUGCGCCUCAUCGCCCAUUCGCUAACCCGGCGGAUGUUCUGUCGCCAGCCACGUCUAAUUCGUUUACCUCUCGGUCGUCAUGGUUCAAACCUCAGAAGCACGCUCUAGCAGCCUUCUAAAGAGUGGAGACAUCACUCCGUACCUACGUUACGACGGUACGGUAUGUCGACACAGCGAACAAUAAUGCUACGACUUAGGCAUGGUCGGUGGGUCUUCCUCGCAUCUCUCCAUUCCACGGUCUCCACCACCAAGCACCAAGUCUUCACACGAAAAGCAGGGCAGGGAGGCUCUAACGCUGAAAAUGGGAAUAAUUCGAGGGCGCUGGUGCCAGGCACGGCCGAGGCUUCGGUGCGGACCUGGCGAAUGACCAUCCGUCAAACGCAAGGCGAUCUGGAUAUUGGUAUCGUAUGGGCUCCGUAGCCUGCGAUGGACAGAUGGGUGAAUUGAUUGAUGGUUCUAAUUAUUGCGUAUGUUGGCUUGGUAGGGUGCUUGGAAAACACAUCUUCUCUUGGCUGUGGAGGUCCGACGGUUGCUUUCUGGGGUACACGACAUGGAGAGGGAUUUAACUGGCAGCGGAAGGACAGUCCAUCUAAAUUGGUAGCACCGUGGCAGAUAGAGAAAGAUACGGACUCAGCGUAUGUGCUGUGCAUACACUGUAGACAUACUGCAUCCGGUGCAUAGAUAGAUAAAUAGAUCUUGGAAAGGAGCGUCGGUGGUAGUACUGUAC